UAUUAACAAUUUUGGGUAAACACUCGCGGGAAUACCAAGAAUGUGUUUUGUAACGAAAACAAUUUAAUUUCUCGAUGCUGCCGCGGAACAAAUUAAGAUUUAUCGAUUCGCGGAUACGUGCCGUUUCUAUUGGCCGAGAAAAUGAACGAAGCGCGUCAUAGCCAAAACAUUUCUAAAAUAGAUCGCACGUCAUAAUGCGUAUCUGGGUCAUAUUUAUCGUGCAACAAAACAUUUUGAAAAAAAUCGGAUUUGGAAAAGUUUGGAAAAUUUGCCGAGCUGAAUAGAAAGCUAUAUUUUAAUAUAAAAAAAAACAUGUAACAAGUACUUGCGUUAAAUUCUGAAUUUGUAACUUACAUUCUAAACACAUGUGCAUAAUGUUUGGAAAAUUUACCGAGCCGAAUAGAAGGCUAUAUUUUAAUAUAAAAAAACAUGUAACUCGCGUUAAAUUCUGAAUUUGUAACUUACAUUCUAAACACAUGUGCAUUUGUCGAGAGAACCAGAUCAGUCAGAUGCAUUUAAAUACGAACAUGUUUCACACAUUUCUUUCAGCCUGCGAACGAGUGUUUUCCCAUGGGAAAACAGCUUCCGUGGACUACGAAUCUACUUUGUCCCUCGGCACGUCGCAACUGGACUGUGUCACGAUGAAUCGUUCAUUGUACGUCGCGUCGAGGAGUCAGUACUUGCGUAACAUGUGGGUUCAUUCUAAGCCAAUCUCGAUCUAAUCUCAAUUCUACGUAGUUCGAAACAAAGUACCAUAAGUGAUAAUGACGAUAAAGAUCAAAGUUCUAUGUGAGCGUGAUCCAUUUUGAUAGGAUAAUCGGCGCGAGAUUGUUUGAAAAAAAUAUGAGGAUAAAUGUGAUAAAUCAUUGAAAAUUAUUUCAUUCAGCCGGUUUCGAUUCAGCUUCAAAGAUACACGCACACGCGGGCGUCCGCUGCCGAGAUUCUUCGGUGAGAUUCGGCGACGUGUAGCGAGAGGCUAUUUAUCGGCGAGCAAUCUUGCCGGACAUUGUAAAUGCGUUCACGUAAUUCAGAAAAGUACGUGUCCGUUUGGUAUCGCAUCUUCGUUGUCUGAAGCGACGGCGACGGUGCGGCGGAAGUACGUCGUGAUUCGCCACGACGCCGGAAGCGAUGCACGUGCGCCGUCGUUUUUGUAAUUUAUUCUGUUGUUUUCCCGGAAUCCAUUUAAGGAUGGCGCUAAAUGUUCGUUAUCAAAAUGCCGUGUUUGUUCUUCGCCGCCCGAAUUUAUAACGAAAUACUUUAAAUUUUAGCAAAACAAACUUUAAUAAUAAUAAAAAGCGCGACGACUAUGACGGCAAUUAUUGAGCUAUCGACGAUGUACACGAGCGAAAAAUGGUGCAUCGGUGCAAAACCGUUUAAUAAAGACGACCGUUCUCGUAUUAUAACUAGAUUUAUUCACGCUUCGAUAAGCCUCAUUAAUUCUCCACUUAUUCGGCAUGCAUUCGAGGAAGAGUUACGAGUGAUCUCGUGAUUACGCGAUGCGGACACGCCGGGUCGUUCACCGAUUCCGCGCGAUUGUUCUGCCAGGUCAAGAACGACGCCAACGCUGCUUAGAGUCGCGUUAAGCCGUGCGCACGUAGGGAUCGCUUCACACCUUUCAAGAGCCGCGGAUAAAACCAGUCGGUCGAAUCUUACGGAACGAUCUUACCAACGAAGCGAGCGAGGCGAUUCUGAUCGAACGGUGAUAAAAAUCAAAUAAUCCUACACGAGUAUCUUCGUAAGACACGCUGUCGCGAGGCAUUCUUGCGCGAUGCUCGCGAUUGUCAGAAGCGAUCGCAGGAUUCGAAGAUCGUCGCGGAGAUGCGAUCGCCGAUCGUUGCCCGCAUUUUGGAGAACGCAACGCGCUAACUUUUUCGGGACGAAAAAGGACAAGCCUACGGAACACGCGUAAUUCUCCCUCUCGUGUGCUUUUCUCGAGACCCCGGGGUCAAGAGACGAUUUCUCUCUUUCUCGCUCCCCGUUUCUCUUUCUCCGUCCCUCCGCCUCGUCACUCUCUCGCAUGUCCACCGUCGUCUGCUCAGGAAACCAUCCAUUACGGAGAUCGGUCGGCGUAUUUAGUGACAGUGCGGAGUGCGCGCGACGAAGUACCGAAUCAAGAAAAGCCUGGCCAACCGAAACAGACGUCGGUCGUGUACCGUACUCUAAAACCGUACGGGGCCCGAUGACCGACGACGCGUGUUGCGAGAAGCACGGAGGAACGACUUUCGUCCAACGUGAACGCGAUUUGAAGUUAUCCAUGCCGCGAUUACAAUAACUGCACAUGUCCGGUGUCGAACGAGUCGAAAUGGCAACAAGAAUCUGGUUUGUCCUCGGAAUCUUCGCUAUUCUGAACAUCGGACUUGCGGAAAAACGAGUUAUUCGAUUGCCGUUAGAUACAACGGAUUCCGUUGUUGCGGUGUCCGUGGGUGAGAAGCUCAACUUGCGCUGCCCGCAAAAUUUCAAUGCUAAAACAACGUGGUAUAAGAACGAAGCGUUGCUGCGGCCAACCGCGAAGAUACGCCCGAAUAAGCAAGGUUUGAACAUCAAAUACUUGGAAAUGGAGGACGCGGGAGUCUACGGCUGCAGGCUGGAAUCGAACGACACCGUCGAGUGGAGAAACGUGACCGUUCGCGUCGAGGCCCUGCAGAACGAUGGCUUCCAGGAUGAAGGCGGUGAAGAGCCGAGCGGCGCGAUAAACGCGUUCAGGGCGGAAGAAGAGAGCAACGAUCUCGAAACCGAAACCAGAAAUCUACCGGAGACGCGGUCGUUGCACUUGGACAGCGAAAAGAUGGACGCCGACCUCGACGAGAAGAGCGAGAACGAUGCGGAAGGCGAGCACAACGCUACGGUGCCGGAGAGUCCGCCCUCCUUCAACAAGACCGACGAGAUGCACGCGUCGGUGGUGAAGCCCGCCGGCAGUACGAUGCGAUUGAAAUGUCCGAGCGUGGGCAAUCCCAGGCCCAACAUCACGUGGCUGAAGAACAACGAGGAGCCUAGGCGGGACCUCGGCGCCGCGAUCAAAACCAAGUGGACUCUGAGACUGGAGGAUCUCGUUACCAAGGAUAGCGGGAAUUACACGUGCAUCGUGUGCAAUCAUCUAGGAUGCAUCAACCACACUUUUAAAGUCGACAUAAUCGAGGCAGUACCGCAUCGACCGAUCCUGACGAGGCCGCCACGAAAUAGCACGGUGCUUAUCGGAAGCAAUGCUAGUAUGAUCUGCCAGGUGCUCUCCGAUGCGCAUCGUCAUCUCGAAUGGUAUCACGGUUACCAUACCUCUUUCGACACCGUCAACAAGACCAAUCAGAGCUUACGGGUGGAGGUCAAGGCUGGAACGGAGACGGAAAAUCCGGAAGAACUGAAACUUUACAAUGUCACUGAAAAGGAUGAGGGGUGGUACACGUGUAUCGCUCAAAAUACUUUAGGAGAAACGUUUAGCAGCGCUUAUCUUCGUGUCGUCGAAACGCUGGACGAGCAGAGAGUCCCGUUGGCAGCAAGACCGCAGAUCUUGGUGAACGUUCUGGCGGCUAUCCUAUGCGUGUUCUUCGCCGUGGGUGUCGUCGUGGUGAUAUACAUCUUCCAUCGGUUGAAACGCGAGAAGAUGAAGAAGCUGCUCGCCAUAGAAACCGCACGGGCAGCGGUUGUGACGCAAUGGACGAAGAAGGUGAUCGUGGAGAAGCAGAAAUUGGCGAACGCGCAGAGCGCGAUCGAGGAGGAGCUGCUGAUGCCAGUGGUGAAGAUCGAGAAACAGAAGUCCACCGUCAUCGCCGACGACAACAACAGCGACAAUGUGUCCGAGUACGAACUGCCGGUGGACGGUGCGUGGGAAUUGCCGAGGGAUUUGUUCACGCUUGGGAACAUUUUGGGCGAAGGAGCCUUCGGCAAGGUCGUCAGGGCUGAGACGUCCCAACAACGGUUGAACAUCGGCAAACCUGGAGUACCCAGCGUCGUUGCGGUGAAAAUGUUGAAAGAGGGUCAUACGGAUACCGAGAUGAUGGACCUGGUCUCCGAGAUGGAGAUGAUGAAGAUGAUCGGCAAGCACGUGAACAUUAUCAAUCUACUGGGUGCCUGUACUCAACAUGGUCCUCUGUACGUCGUAGUGGAGUUCGCUCCUCACGGCAACCUACGAGAUUUCCUCCGAGAUCACAGACCUUCGUCAGGAUACGAACCGGCUAUCGGACAAGAGCCGAAGCAGCGAAAGACUCUUACGCAGAAGGAUUUGGUCUCGUUCGCUUAUCAAGUGGCACGAGGGAUGGAAUACCUGGCUAGCAGGAGGUGUAUACACAGGGAUUUGGCCGCCAGAAAUGUUCUCGUCAGCGAUGAAUAUGUACUGAAGAUCGCUGACUUCGGCCUUGCCAGAGACAUCAAUUGUCACGACUACUACAGGAAGACAACGGAUGGACGGUUGCCGGUGAAAUGGAUGGCCCCGGAGGCACUGUUCCAUCGUAUGUACACCACUCAGUCCGACGUAUGGUCGUACGGAAUUCUACUGUGGGAGAUUAUGACACUGGGUGGUACGCCUUACCCGUCCGUGCCGUCGGUCGAGAAAUUAUUUCAGCUACUUAGAACCGGGCAUCGAAUGGAAAAGCCGCCUUGCUGCUCCAUUGAAAUAUAUUUGCUCAUGAGAGAUUGUUGGAGUUAUCAACCGAAUGAAAGACCGACCUUUGUCGAAUUGGUCGAAGAUCUUGAUAAAAUAUUAACAAUAACGGCGAACGAGGAAUAUCUGGAUCUCGGCUUACCCCAGUUGGACACGCCUCCAUCAAGUCAAGAAUCCAGUGAGGCGGAAGAAGAGGGCGAAGAAAAAUUUCCAUAUUUACUUUGAAUUAUCUACUCGUCGUGAGGAACGUCGCUCCAACAUCGCUUACAAGUACUUGAGGUACUUGAGAUAACGUAGACGAUUUGCCAAUGUAAUCGGCCAAAUGGAGGAAUAAGUGAGUGGAAGAUAAUCGACUGAAAGAAGCAAACACGCCAAAUAAUGUAAAUCAGUAUUGACCUGUGUAAGCGAAUGUUUACAUAAAAUUAAGACGCUAAUCGUGAAAACAGUGGUAUAUGUCAAUAGAAUUGUAUUGAUCAAAUUUCAUUGGAUUAUAUCAUUUUUCUAUGCGAAUUGAUACAUGUUACGUUUUUAAUUUUACGGUGAAAAAAAUAAAGCACGAAAAAGAGACUGUUUUUGAGGCGCGCUAACGCAAAAGAGAAUUAUAUAUCAUCUAUACGAAUCUAUAUAUUUAUAGAUAUAAUAAUUGUGCCAUUAAUCAGUGCCUUGCAAAAGUGUUGAGCAUAUAAGUGAAAAGUUAGAUCGUACGCUCGAUCGCAGAGAUCAUACGAGAAUGGAUAUCAAUCGAGAUAUCAAGUGGGCAUGAUAUUGUGUUUGUAACUAGUCAACUGUCCGAAAUUGUAUGUUUUUCUGUAUUAUAGUAGCUGAUAGAUUUUUAGUGUUUUUACGUGGCUAGUUUUAGCGGACAACGACCGUAGAUUUUGUAUCGCGGGCAGCGUGUUCUGUAGCACUUUUGUAAAAAAAAAUUAGACUAGUUAUAUGUAAGAGAUCGAACGUAGGUGUAAGAAAGAAGGAGCAACAAGCCUUGUAACGAAGCGAAUGUAUCGUUUCGAGAAAAAAGUCCAAAGUAUUGCUGUAAGCCGUAGUUAUUAUCGAUGUCAAUCGCGAUAAGUGUAAACGGGGGAGGGGGUGUAUAAACGGGGAAGAUGCUUAGUGGUAGAUAAUUUAUUUCUCAUAUAUCAGUGUCUCAAGUAUAUAUAUGUGUAUUCAGAAUCUUUUUUUACGUAAUUUUAAGAUAUGUCGCUCGCGAGCGGUACUUUUGUAAAAAGUGACACUAAUGAAUUAUGCAUUAGAAGAUAGUUUUCAUCCGUGAUCUGUACAUAUCGACGUUUAUUUAAAGAUGAUUUGUUAUCCAGCAUCUAAAGGUAGCAUCAGUAAAUCAGCAUUUACCUAAGGUACAGCGCAUGUAUAGAUUAUGUAAAGAAAUCGCCACACAAUGCGAGUUAAGCCUUUAUUAAAUUGAUCUGUAUUAAAUUAAUACUACGUCCUCUCUCUUUGGUAAAAAAAAUAUUAAUCGGUAUUUUAAUCUUAGUAAACAAAAUGUUAGUAACGUUGGCUAUCUAGAAUAUUACUUUUUUUCUGCAUUGUAUAAAAAUCGAAUUUUAUUAAAAAAAUAUAUAAAUAAAUUGAAUACAUGAACACUUUAAUGUUGUUGCAAUUCUCCAGCAACAACAUUGUUUUGUAAUGACAUUAUAUUAUCCCAAUAUACACCCAACACAUUUAAAUUUUGAUGUAUUAAUAAACAUAUAUGUAACAUAAUAUUUUUUAUAA